AAAAAAAAAAAGAAAAAAAAGGUGAGCAAAAUAUCACUUGUGACAGCGGCAAGAGCACACUCAUUUCCCGCAAUUUCACUUUUGGUACUGCGCACAAAUUUGCAAGAAAAUUCGCCUAAAAAAGAUUCGAUAUCAGUUGAGGAUAAUCGAAAAUGGACGACGACGGGAUUCCGGAGAGAGAAAGGCUGCAGAUCGAGCAGAUUAUGGAGCUCGAAGACGAGGAAUUAGAGGUCGAAGAGGUGGACGACGAGGAAUCUUCGGAUGAUGAUAAUCGAGGUUCAGCAGGAGCUUCUGUAUCUGGUGAUGUAUAUGACACUUCCUUGGUUGCCUUGCAUUCAUAUCUUGGCGAUGUUGAAGAUACUCAGAAUAGGAUAGCAUUUCUGGACGGUGGUGUUGUCCUGACGCUUCCUCUGUUUUGUCUGGAAGGGGUUGUGUUAUUCCCCGACGCAACACUUCCUCUUAGAGUGGUUUUUCCUCAUUUCAUAGCUGGCGUUGAGAGAGCUAUGACACAAGUUGAUGCUCCUUACACAAUUGGUGUGGUUCGUGUUUACAGGGAUUCCAACAGUGGCAGAAUAAGGUUUUCAACAACUGGCACUACUGCUGAGAGGAUUUACUUUUCUGACCUUAGGUUACACAUCAUCUUGAGUUACCUUUCGAAAAAUGCAGCUUUUGCACCAGAAGUGAAGCAGCAGUUUGGGAGUUUAAUUCGGCGAUACAGGAAGCAGCAAGAUGGCACCGUAAAUAUUGUUACCAGGGGAAAGCAGCGUUUUCGGCUAAGGCGCCGUUGGGUUGAUGUGGAAGGAUCACUAUGUGGGGAGGUUCACAUCAUUCAAGAAGAUGUACCGUUAAGAACACCACGAGAAGCUGUUGGUAAACUGGCUCCAUUAAGAAACACCAAAGCAAGAUGUCACCUGCAAGUGAUGACACCUUCUAAUGGUUCUCAGCAUGGCCGUCUGGGCUACGAGGAAGGAAAUGAUUCUGACGGGAGUUUUGAAAGUGAACUUUCAUCAGCAGAAAGAGGGCUUCACCGCUAUGCUCUUGUCUCUUCUCAUGGUCUGGGUGCAUACGAUGGGGCAAUGAGUAGUGACGAUGAGAAUAAUGAUUGUCACUUUCAGUUGCGACUUGAAGGAUCUUCAUUGGCCAGCUAUACAAGGUCAAUUAAGUUUGAGCACGAAAUACAGUAUGCCAAUGAGAGUCAUAGAAGUGGGAAGAGCCCCUUUUAUGUGCAGCCUAGCCACAGGUUAGGAAGGGGAAAGUGCUCCGUGGCUCACCUUCGUGAUGCUCCUAGAGCCUUUUGGCCCAGUUGGGUCUACCGCAUGUACGAUUCUUAUUUACUUGCUCGGAGGGUGGCAGAUAGAUGGAAAGAGGUUGUAAAAGCACCAAGCAUGGAUAGCCUUGUGAUGAAACCAGAUUUUCUUUCAUUUUACGUGGCUAGUAAAAUUCCAAUAUCUGAAUCAGCAAGGCAAGAACUGUUGGACAUUGAUGGGACAACUUAUAGGCUGCGCAGAGAAAUUGAGUUCCUUGAAAGCUUUGAUAAAUUACGGUGUAAAACUUGUCAGACUCUCAUUGCAAAGAGAAGUGACAUGUUAGUAAUGUCUAGUGAAGGUCCACUCGGUGCUUAUGCUAACCCACAUGGAUUUGUGCAUGAGGUUAUGACUCUCACCAGAACGGAUGGAAUAGCAGUUUCAGGGCCUCCGGUGAAAGAAUUCAGCUGGUUUCCUCGUUAUGCAUGGUCGAUUGCUGAAUGCAUCACAUGCGGGACACAACUGGGUUGGUACUUUUCUGCCACAAGUAAGAAAUUGAGGCCCCAGGCCUUUUGGGGCAUACGAAGCUCGCAAGUUAUGGAUGGAACAAUCUAGAAAUGGUUCUAUAAUACAGCUUAGGGACCGAAGAUUUCAUCAGUUCAAGUGUUGCCCGAAGAUGAUGCUCGGAAAAAAUCCAGCUGGAUUCGAAUUCUGAGUGAAAUUCGAUUCGGAUGAAUGUGAAGAACAGAGUCGAAGAGCAGAGGUGUUUUUAUCUGAUAUUCACUAAAAUUAUAAUAUGUUGAAUCUGUUUUUUUACUAGAAAUCUGUUUUUUUACUGAACGAAUGUAAAUCGAAUGAGGGAAUGUUGGUCAAAAUAUAGUCUAUGCUUUCUUGUGCUAGUAUGAUAUGUAUUCAAGAAAUCUGUAAUAGAUUAAGCAAAAGAGAUAUAUUAUAUGCGUGUGAGAGAAUGAGUUGCAUCUUGGAAUGUGACACUUUUUUUGUUUUGGUUUUUCAUUUUCCCUUCUAGUUGCUGAAUUAUUUGAACCAUUUUGAAGAAAUGACACGAUUUUGG